AUGAGUACAACUUCCAUCGUCCUACCGGGCGACCAGAUCCCCUCAAAUCUCCUACCCUCCGCAGCAUCAACGACUCCCCUCAGACUUGGCCCUGGCCUCCGAUUAUUACAACGACAGUCACAGAAUACCAACACCAACACCAAUCCUCCGCCAGCACAUGUCAUUCAAGCCACACAAGCUGGAAUACUUUCCAUAGACCCCAAUCGCAAAUCUGUUUCAGUCCAAACAUUCCCCAAUCGUCGCUACAUCCCGACUGUCAAUGACUUGAUCAUUGCCCAGGUCCAGCGCUCGUCGCAGGACUUUUUUCAUUGCAUAAUCACUCCACAUGCACCAUUCGCGGUUCUGGGCCAGCUAGCGUUUGAAGGCGCAUCGAAAAAGACGAGACCAAAUUUGAAACAGGGUGAUUUGGUAUAUGCGCGGGUACUUUCCGUGGGCGUCGGUGCUGGCACAGAGGUCGAACUUACCUGUGUGAAUCCCGCUACGGGAAAGGCAGAGCCCGGUGGUUUGGGACUGCUGAGCGGUGGGAUGCUCUUUGAUAUUUCUACGGGGCUUGCUGCACGGUUGAUGAAGGCGAGUUCAUCUUCGUCUUCAGCAGAGGCUACAUCAGUAGUCAUACUUGAGGAACUCGGAAAGAAGUUUGAGAGCAAAGGAGGGUUUGAGAUUGCUGUUGGAAGGAACGGAAAGGUCUGGGUGGAUUGUUCCGGCAGCGGUGAUAUUGGCAUCAAGAUUACUAUUGCUAUUGGACGGUGUUUGAAGGAACUAGAUCAGCGACAUAUGACUUCGAUAGAGCAGAGGAAGCUGGUGUCGAGAGUAUUACGAGAAUUGAAUAUUGACGUUUAA